CCGGACGUUAUUGUUAGUUCCGACUAAACCCUAGAUCGAUUCAGUCUAUUCCUGCAAGCGAAUUCGAGGAGCUGAUCAAAGGCCCCUAUUCGAAGAAAAUGUCUUCGACUCUCCUGGAAGUAACGAGGGCAGGUCACGAGGAAGUAGAGCGACUCGAACGGCUUAUAGUGAAGGACCUCCAGAAAGAGCCUGCUUCAAACCGGGAACGUCUGUUUCAAAGUCACCGUGUUCGAAACAUGAUCGAUUCUAUCAUUUCCACCACUGAGAAACUCAAUGAAAUUUACGAAGAUAAAGAUAACGCAAGGAAGGACGAGAUUGCUGCUCUCGGAGGUCAGACUGCGACCGGAACCAAUGUGUUUAGUGCGUUUUAUGACAGACUGAAAGAGAUUCGUGAGUACCACAGACGUCAUCCAGUUGCACGUGUUGUUGAUGCGGGGGAGGAGUAUGAAGAAUUACUCAAACAAGAACCACAUGUUGAGUUCAGUGGCGAGGAAGCUUUUGGCCGAUACCUGGACUUGCAUGAAUUAUAUAAUGAGUAUGUUAAUUCUAAGUUUGGAGAGCCCAUUGAGUACUCUGCCUACCUGGAUGUGUUUGCACAACCACAUAAAAUCCCUCGCAACCAUAAGUUAACCAGACAGUAUCGGGAAUAUUUGGAGCAUCUACUGGAAUAUCUAAUAUAUUUCUUUCAGCGCAAGGAGCCCUUGCAAGACCUUGACAGGGUGUUCUCAAAGGUUGAAACUGAAUUUGAAGAACUCUGGAUGGAUGGUAAGAUACAAGGAUGGGAAAAUAAGAGUCCAGAAAAUGGACAUGCUUCAUCUCUGGAUUCUGUAAUUGAUCUAGAUUACUACAGCAGUGUGGAGGAGCUAAUCGAAGUGGGACCUGAAAGAUUAAAGGAGGCAUUGGCUGCUUUAGGACUGAAAGCUGGUGGUACUGUUCAGCAACGUGCUGAGAGGCUUUUCCUCACAAAGCAUACACCUCUUGAGCAAUUGGACAGAAAACAUUUUGCUAAGUUCUCACGUGGUUUAGAACAAAAUGGUAAUGCUGCAUCUUCACAACAGAUUGAUAAUUCAAAAGAGAUUGCUCUGAUAGAGGCCAAGAUAAAACACCUGUGUGAACUGCUAACUGAGACAAUAUUGCAAACUAAAGAAAAUGUUGAGAAGAAACAGGCUUUAACAUACGAGGAAAUGGAAGCAGAGCGCGAAGAGGAAGAAGUACAAGCUGAUACUGAAAGUGAUGAAGAAGACCAACAGAUCUAUAAUCCUCUCAAGUUGCCAAUGGGAUGGGAUGGCAAGCCUAUUCCUUACUGGUUGUAUAAGCUUCAUGGUCUUGGUCAGGAAUUCAAGUGUGAAAUAUGUGGAAAUCAUAGCUAUUGGGGCCGUAGGGCUUUUGAGCGGCACUUUAAGGAGUGGCGUCAUCAGCAUGGAAUGCGCUGCCUUGGGAUUCCAAACACCAAGAAUUUCAAUGAAAUUACAUCAAUAAAGGAAGCAAGAUUGUUGUGGGAGAGGAUACAUGAAAGGCAAGGAUUAAAUAAGUGGCGUCCGGAUCUUGAAGAAGAGUAUGAAGACAAGGAAGGUAACAUCUACAACAAGAAGACAUACACUGAUCUGCAACGCCAGGGCCUGAUCUAAGGACUUAUAGGUGUCUUUCAUUUCCUUGUAAGUUCGAAAUGAUACUGUUUGAGCUUAAAUUCAUAUUAAUCUGAGAUUCUAAAGUUCUGACCCUUUAAUGAGACAUACUUCUUGCCUUUUGGUUGUUUUCCAACGGACAGUUCAACUGCAUUGAGUACCUCUACUUUUCUUCAUGGGAUCUCUUAAUCAUGCAAACAGCGAGGACUUAUCCUUCAAAGGUUCAACUGGUGGGGAAGGAGCAUGGCGGGCACCGGUGCUUUGGUAGCUUUUGUGAUGGUUUGUGUGAAGUCAUCUACAGCUGUCCAGAAGAAACGAUGGAAGAGAAGGAUUUCAUGGCAAAGCUUCAAGAAGUGAUAGCAUGUUUGGGCCUAGUUUUUGUUACUUAAAAAGUGUUGAAACGGUUAGGAAUACAUUGUUGUGUAACCUAGUGAGAAUUUACUGUAUGAACGGCAGCCUCUGCAAUUUUGUUCAGGGGACAGACAUUUAAUAAGAAUCAGAACCCUUUUUAAUAGCCCUCAACAGUUGCAUGUGUUGCUCACUCCUAAUACCACUGUGUUAUUUUACUGGCAUGGCAUACAUGCUCA